AUGAGGCAUGUCAUUAAUGCUAUAAAAGUUGGAAAAAUUGGUUACGAAGAAGUUCUUGUUAGCGUUAAUGAACCUGGUGAUAUUGUGGUUUGGUACACAUCAAAUCUUGAUAGGAGACCAUUACACUUCAGUCAUAAUACAUCGACUUGGGGUAUAGCAUUGAAUGGACCAAAACGUUUAUUAGCAGUUAGUGCAAAUUCCCAUGAAAUAACCAUUUUUGAUCUAAAAGGUGGGAAUUCAAUAUAUUCAGAUGAAAAUAAUGACGAUCAAAUUGAAAAAAAUCAUGAUGAUUCUGAUGAUAGUUUAGAUGGUUCACAACAAUCAAGAGGAAGGAGAGUGAAGAUGAGAUACGCAACAACGACAACAGAACUAUCAUCAUUACAAAAUAAAUUUGGAAAUGAUGAGGCUAAAUAUAUAUUAAAAGGCCAUAAUCACAAUAUUCCAAAUAUUUCAUUUAGUAAUUGUGGUCGAUUUUUAGUUUCUUGCAGUCUUGAUCGAACAUGUAGAGUUUGGAAUGUUAAAACUGGUGAGGUAAUCAGCACAAGAAAAGUUAGUAGUCAUGGGGGAUGGUCGGCAUGUUUUGUAUCAACACAUUCUUUUGUAAAAGUAAAUUCUAACAUCGAAUUUAUCAAAGAUCCAUUUGAAUUAAGAAGAAACAGAAGAGUUGUAGGUGUAUCACCUUGGUCUCCAAAUUGGUCACCACAAUAUCCACCACCGAUACCAACACAACAACAUGCACAAACAUUGCCACAUUAUUCAGCGACAUCACCGCCUCAUUUUGCGCCAACAAUACCAACAUAUUCACCACCAAUAUCGCCGUCAUAUUCACCAACAUCACCAUUAUAUUCGCCAACAUCGCCACAUUAUGACCCAACAUCACCAACACAUUAUUCACCAACAUCGCCACAAUACAACCCAGCAUCACCAAUUCGUGACGAUUCGCGUACUUCAGAUAUUCUACAAAAUCUAAGGAAUGGUAAUAUUAUAAUUCGUAAUCCUCGUGUUGCAAUUCAACUUUUAAAUAAUAUUCAUGCCUACCAAGAUAUUAUGGCUUCUUCAGAAACAGAAUAUGAAGACGGGUAUUAUGACAAUACGCAUGAAAAUGAUGACGAGAGUCAAAUAUCAGAGAGUCAAAAUGACGAAGGUUGGUUUCAUGACGAUGAAGCAAUGAAUGACGACGAUGAUAUUUAUGGUGGUGAAAUAAGCAACGGCACUAUUGACGAAGAAGCGUCAUUAUCAAUUUCAGAACGUUCUUCUGAUGCAUCUACAGGUAAUUCGCAAAUAUUAAACUUGGAGUUAUCACCACCCAGGGUAUAUACAGAUAUAAAUGAUGAACUAGUAUAUAUUCACACGCCAAUUCCAGAAUUACCGCCGCCAACUAACCUUCCACCCGAUUCCUCAUUUACAGAGGGUAUUAGCGAAUACAGAUCAAUUGAUAUAGAUCCAGAUCAAAAUGAUCAAGCCGAAUCAAAUCUUAUGCGACGAUCACGGCCUAGAAUCCUAAUUGAUCCAGUACAAAAUGAUCAAGCUGAAACUAUACAUAUGCGAUCAACACGUUCACCAACUUCGCCAUUUAUGAUUCCUAAUAGUAUUAGAAAUUCAACAACAACUAGAAACAAUAAAAACAAAAUAUUAUCCACAUCGUCUAAAUCACAGCUACAAUUAUCAUCAUCAUCGGAUGCUAAAACAGAAAAUGAAUUGCCAAUUGAUCAUCUUGUGCUUUUCACUUCUCAAAAUGAUUUGUUUCUUUUAGAUCCAAUAUCUGGUUUGAAAAUUCUUUUAUACGAGAAAAAUAUUUGUUCAAGUCGUGAUUCUAGGAAUAUUAUUGGUUUGAAUGAUUUUGAUCGAUUAAAUAUGGUCGAGUGGAUCCCAGAAUUUUCAUUGGCUGUUGUGGCUAGUCAAAAAGGAAAAGUAGCAUUGGUGAGAUUGGUUAUUGCUGCAAAUAAUGACAAAAAAAAAUAUUCUUUUGUAAAGGAAAAGUUUUUGCCUGAAACCAAUUUACCCAAUGCAUCAUUAUUAGGUUUACUAAUUUGA